AUGCAGCAUUCGUCUUCUCCAGCCACCAACUCUCCUUGGGCAAAGAAUCACAAACUGAUCUAUUGGUUGAUUCUCAGCGGCCCGGCAAAGGGUUAUAUCGAAGCGCUCGAACAGCGUCUCGCAGUUACCGAGGCCGUGCUUCUUCAGCUGCUCCAAGUGUCAGGUGACAACGUUUUGCAAGAUGCCUUCAAGCAUGAACCCAGCAGAAGAACGGAUGUUUCAAACAUUUCAUCCGCAGCAACUACAACAACUGACGCGGCAGGCCGAAUAGAGGCCAAGAAGACGGGCACAAUCGCCCAUUGGGACAACUUUCCCCUGAAUACGGCAGACGAUGUGAAGCGCUGGGCAGGCGAAGUCCUCGGGCACAACACUGGUAACCAAGCUGGCAAUCGUACCGGCAGCAUCGCCAUAAACGGCACGGCCCUUGAAGAAGCGAAUCCGACGACGUCGUUUGAAUCAUAUCCUGCCCCAUCAGAUCCGUUGCCAAAGAGCCUAGCCGAGGCGGGCUCGAGAGCCAGCGCCGAAGCAUUUCCGCCUCGAUCGUUGGAGCCGGUAGCGACAGCCCUACCAACUGCCGCAGAGUCGGUGUUGGGUUCUGGCACGAUGUUUGCGAGGGAUAUGGCGCCACAAGGCGAAGUGUUUGACUUGUCUCAAGAUUUCAGACGGCAGUUUGUAUGGUAA